CGCGAACUCUCUCAGCUCCAUAAUAACCCAGCCAGGACUGGCAUUGCUGGAAUGGAAUGUAGCAAUUGUUUUUUGGAUUAAUUAAACAUUCUAUUGCACAACAGCCUUUGGAGUCAUGGCAAAGCAAAGCUCCCUCUUUAAUUUCUUCACGAAGUCGCCUCCUCCCGCUGUGAAGGACAAAUCCAAAUCAUCCCCAGUUGAAGCAGAUCUGCCCUCAGCAGUGAGAACGUCUAACACCUCGCCUAAAGAAGAGGCUAAAGUCAACAGCAAGAAAACUGCUCCAAAACCUGUUAAAUCUCAAAAACCUGCAAAAACUGGACAUGCAAAACUGUUCGGAGGGAAAGUGGUCACUGCAAAGGAGAGUUCUUCCUCCAAAUUUAAUGCUGGUUCUUUGGUAUGGGGCAAGAUGGAAGGGCAUCCUUGGUGGCCCUGUAUGGUUGUUCCUCAACCUCUGAGCGGACAGCAGAUGAGGGGCCGUGGUCGAGACCAGAGACUUCAUGUUCACUUCUUUGACGAGCCACCAACCCGAGGCUGGGUUAACACAAAGUACAUAAGAGAGUAUCAAGGCUCUGAUAGCACAGAUGCCAAAUCAGGCGGUGUGUUCUUCAGCGGUAAGCCUGUGAUCCGUAAGGCGAUGGAGCUGGCAGAUAUUUCGAUGAAGGACAGUCUUGAGCAGAGACUAAAGAUGCCAGUAUGCAUGGAUCCCUCAGAUGAGGAAGAGGAGGAUGAAGAGGAUAUGGAGGUUGAGAAAUCAACCAUAUCAGAUGAGGAAAUGUCUGAGGAAGAGUUUGGGGAAAAGGUGAAGCCCAGCCAAAGUACACCUCGUGCUGCAGCUGAAAAGGGUCAAAAGUCCAAGCGCCGUAGAAUUGUAGUGGCAUCUGACAGCGAUGAUUCUGGUGAAGAGUUCAAACCUGAUCAGGCAGGAGGUAGCAGCGAGGAUGAUGAGGAGGAAGAGGAUGGAGUGAGUAAUGGCACUGAGGAAGAGCAAGAGAGUGAGCCUGAGGCAGAACCAGACAGCCCUGUGAAACCGGUGAAGCGCAAACGCACUUCUGAGAAGCCUGCUAAAUCAAAGAAUUUGACUUCCUCAGACACCUCCAAACGAGCACCUGCUGCUCUUCCCUCUUUGGCAUCUAACACCAAGUCACGAUUAUCAACUUUCUCUGCUCCAGACAACUUUGAGAGUCAAAAUAACAGUACGGGUGGAAUGGAUGGAGUUUCCACCGUGUGGGACCAUGAAAAACUUGACUGGCUUAAGGACGGCCAGAGAAAGGAUGCACUGCGCAAACGUCAGUCUGAUGAAAACUAUGACCCUACAACACUAUAUGUACCUGAGGAGUUUCUUAACAGAACAACACCUGGAAUGCGCCGUUGGUGGCAACUAAAGUCUGAGAUGUUUGAUGCUGUUCUGUUCUACAAAGUCGGUAAGUUCUACGAGCUCUACCACAUGGAUGCUGUGAUUGGCGUCAACGAAUUGGGUUUGACCUUCAUGAAGGGUGCAUGGGCCCACUCUGGCUUCCCUGAGAUUGGCUUUGGACGUUUCUCAGACGUACUUGUGCAAAAGGGCUAUAAAGUGGCUCGCGUGGAGCAAACCGAGACCCCCGAGAUGAUGGAGGUACGAUGUAAAGCAAUGGCACGUCCUACUAAGUUCGACCGUGUAGUCAAGCGAGAAGUUUGCAGAAUCAUCACGCGUGGCACUCAGACUUACAGCGUCCUUGAUGGUGCCCCAUCGGAAACUCAAAGCAAGUAUCUGCUGAGUAUUAAAGAGAAGAGUGAGGAAGACAGCACAGGUCAUGGGCAUAUCUAUGGAGUCUGCUUUAUCGAUACCUCUGUGGGACGCUUCCAUGUUGGUCAGUUCCAGGAUGACCGACAUUGUUCCCGCCUGCGUACCCUGGUGGCACACUAUUCCCCAGCCCAGGUUCUGUUUGAGAGGGGCAACCCAUCUGCUGAGACACACAAAAUCUUUAAGGCUAUUUUGGCGUCUGCUCUACAGGAAGGACUCAAUGCUGGUUCACAGUUUUGGGAUGCCCAAAAGACCCUCAAGGUCCUUGCUGAGGAAGACUAUUUCAAAGAAAGUCCAGGGACAGACAAUGAUGAUGGCGGAUCUGUGCUUCCUCUAACUCUCAAAGCAAUGGUGUCUGAGAGUGACUCUCUAAGUCUGACUCCAGAGAAGGGGUACGAACUUGCCCUUUCAGCACUUGGCGGCUGCAUCUUCUACCUCAAGAAAUGCCUUGUGGAUCAGGAGCUGCUUUCCAUGUGCAACUUUGAGGAGUAUGUUCCUGUGGAUGUGGAGAUGGAGCAGGCCGGAGGGGCUUCAUGUUUUUUUGCUCAGACACGACAACGCAUGGUUCUGGAUGGAGUGACCCUUGCUAACCUUGAGAUCCUUCAGAAUAGCUCUGGGGGUCAAGAGGGUACCCUACUUGAACGAUUGGACACGUGUUGCACUCCCUUUGGCAAGAGGCUGCUAAAGCAAUGGCUCUGCGCCCCUCUUUGCAAUCCAUCUUCUGUUGGGGAUCGCUUGGAUGCUCUUGAGGAUCUGAUGGGAGCACCAUCUCAAGCUACCGAAGUUACAGACCUGCUGAAGAAGCUUCCGGAUCUUGAGAGACUACUGAGUAAAAUCCACAGCAUGGGUACCCCUUUGAAAGGCCAGGAUCACCCGGAUUCCCGUGCCGUUCUGUAUGAGGAGGUCGUCUACAGCAAGCGAAAGAUUGCAGACUUUCUCUCAGCACUUGAGGGCUUCAAGGUCAUGAAAGAAGUUGUGUCGAUCAUGGAUCCUGUUGCGGAAGCCUUCCAAUCAAAACUACUACGACAGGUGGUGCGUCUGGAAAAUGAAGAUGGGCUUUUCCCAGACCUUUCGCCAGAGCUCAAACGUUGGGACACUGCUUUCGACCAUCAGAAAGCUCGCACAACAGGCGUCAUCACUCCAAAACCUGGCUUUGACCCAGAUUUUGACCAGGCCCUCAAUGGAAUUAAAGACUGUGAGAGAGGCUUGCAGGAAUACCUGGACCGACAGAAGAAGAGAUUGGGUUGUAAGAAUCUGGCUUAUUGGGGGACGGGAAAGAACCGUUACCAACUAGAAGUUCCCGACAAUGUUUCCGAGAGGAGUGUACCUGAGGAGUACGAGGUGAGAUCCACUAAGAAAGGCUGGAAAAGGUACUCGACCAAAGAGAUCGAGCGGCUGUUUUCAGAGCUUCAGAGCUGGGAGGACAAACGAGACGCUGCAAUGAAGGACUGCAUGAGAAGACUUUUCUACAAUUUUGACAAGAAUUACAAAGACUGGCAAACUGCUGUGGAGUGCAUGGCUGUACUUGAUGUGCUGUUGAGCAUGUCACGGUACAGUCAGAGCGGUGAUGGGCCCAUGACAAGACCAGAGAUGGUUCUCCCAGGGGAUGGGUCCCAGUCUUCACUUUUCCUGGAUCUGAGAGGGUCUCGUCACCCUUGUGUCACAAAGACCUUCUUCGGUGAUGACUUCAUUCCUAAUGACAUCUUCAUUGGUUGCCCUGGCAGUGAGGAAGAAGAGUGUCAUGAUAACAAUAAAGCACUUGCUCCUUGUGUACUAGUCACUGGGCCAAACAUGGGAGGCAAGUCCACCCUAAUGAGACAGUGUGGUCUGGUGGUGAUCUUGGCCCAGUUGGGCUGUUAUGUACCAGCUGAGAGUUUACGUCUUACCCCUGUGGACCGAGUCUUCACUCGCCUUGGUGCCUCUGAUCGCAUCAUGAGUGGUGAGAGCACAUUCUUUGUAGAGCUCAGUGAGACUGCAAGCAUUCUGCUGCAUGCCACCAACCAUUCCCUUGUACUUCUUGAUGAAUUGGGCAGAGGUACGGCCACGUACGAUGGCACAGCCAUUGCGAGCGCAGUGGUGAAGGAGUUGUCCGGGAAGAUCUGCUGCCGUACCUUGUUCUCCACUCAUUACCACUCACUGGUGGAGGACCACGUGCAAGAUCCAGCCGUGAGACUCGGACACAUGGCAUGCAUGGUGGAGAAUGAAUGCGAGGACCCGAGUCAGGAGACCAUCACCUUCCUGUAUAAGUUCAUUGGUGGUGCUUGUCCCAAGAGUUAUGGCUUUAAUGCAGCUCGACUGGCUUGUAUUCCAGAGGAGGUCAUCCAGUCCGGCCAUAAGAAGGCCAGAGAGUUUGAGAGGAGCACCGUGUCCCUCAGAGUAUUCAAGAAAUUGUGCUCAUUUCUUGAAGACCCCAGAGCUGAUCGUGAACAGUUUGCCGCAUUGGUUCGAAUGAUCGGCCAUCAGUAAUGGAAAACCUUUGAUUUUUGUUUGUUUUGUUUCUGUUCACUUAGAAAAAAUUCCUCACUACUGA